UCACACUAAUACAAGACCCUAAAUCAUAACAAGACUAGUCUUCUUCUCAGUUUUUCACAUUCCACAACCAACACCACUCUCCACCAAGCUGAAAUAAACCGAAGUUACAUGUUGUUGGAAUUAAAAGCGUAGUUUUAAGUACUUCAGUCACAACGUCUAAAGAAGAUUUUGAAUCCUAAAAUGGCAAAAAGACUCAGCUCCAAUCUUUUCGUUAGCCAUUUGUCUUCUUAUACAACCAAACAAGCACUGAAGGGAUUGUUUUCGCGAUUUGGCGUUGUUACAGAAGCUAGGCUAGUUUUAGACCCAACAACUCAAAGGCCAAAAGGGUUCGGUUUUGUCUCUUUUGAAUCAGAGGUUGAGGCGCAGAAAGCGUUAAAGGCUAUGAAUGGCAGGAUUGUUAAUGGGAGGCUGAUCUUUGUUGAAGUUGCAAAGAAAGAAGAUCCUGGAGAGGGUCCUAGCUCCUGACUGAAAAAAAUGGCAGUUUUCGAAAUGUUUCUGAAUCACAUUGCUUUUCAUGAAAAAAUACCGAUUGGAGGGUUUUAAGUAUUUAAUCAAAUGACAUUGAGCGUUUUUCCCAUUGCGUCUCAAGAAACAGGUGGGUUAUUUCCUUGCAAAAUUGUGCUCAAUUUCAUAUGUGGCAAUUCUAUCAAGAUCGCUUUUGUUAGUUGGGAAAAGAAUCUGCACGAUACAGUGUUGUUCUUAGAAGUUUUCCUCUUGAGAAACCUAAAUAUAUUUUUAAUUUAUGUGAAUGUGUAGCAUCAUACUCACAAGCUUGAGAUCUGAUUAACCCGUUAAUAUAUACGCUGCUGUUAACUGAGAAUCCUGGGAUAUGCUGCUUAUAAUGUUCCAAUUUGAAUACUGGAAUCAUAGCAGUGAAGUUAAUAUUUACCUUGUUAGAAAUUAUAAAGCAACUUUUCCGUUUUUGGCUUUU